AAACGUAAGAAUAAGGAUAAAGAGAAACGGAACGAACAAUUUAACUCUUUGGUUUAACACACAUUGCUGUUUGAAUUUCGGCGUUUUAUCAGUGUAGCGACUGGAAUUGAAUACAUCUCUCAGCCACAAGAUGGCGGCAGAUGUCUUCAUCUGUACAUUCAUUACCAGGCACUGGAGCAACCGAGCAGUGAGAGGAGUCAGACCGCCAGAGACACCUGAAGACAAUGGAGGAAUCACCUGGAGGACCGAGCCAGAAAAAAGUAGUGGCAGUGGUGGGCGGUGGUUUGGUCGGGGCACUGAACGCCUGCUUCUUUGCCAAAAGAGGCUUUGAUGUGGAACUGUUUGAAACCAGGGAAGACAUCCGACAAGCCAAAAUCGUGAGGGGGAGAAGCAUCAACCUGGCUUUGUCUCACAGAGGCCGGCAAGCACUGAAACAUGUCGGCAUGGAGGAGAAGAUUGUCUCCCAAGGAAUUCCCAUGCAUGCAAGAAUGAUCCAUUCACUGAAUGGGAAACAGUCUCCAAUCCCUUAUGGCAAGAAAGGCCAGUACAUCCUGUCAGUGGACCGGGCCAAUCUGAACAAAGAGCUGCUAACAGCGGCAGAGACGUAUCCAAACACAAAGCUGAACUUCGACCGCAAGCUGCAGGACUGGAGCGCCGAAACAGGGCUGAUGACCUUUGUCAGGUCAGAUGGAUCCGAGGAGCAGGUCGAGGCCGACCUGAUCGUCGGCUGCGACGGAGCUUUCUCCGCCAUCCGCAAGCAGUUCCUCCGUCGCAGCCGCUUCAACUACAGCCAGACCUACAUCCCCCACGGCUACAUGGAGCUCACCAUGCCGCCCAUCAACGGAGAGUUUGCCAUGAAGCCUAAUUAUCUGCACAUCUGGCCACGAAACACAUUUAUGAUGAUUGCCCUGCCCAACUUGGACAAGACCUUUACCUGCACCCUCUUCAUGCCCUUCGAGGAGUUUGAGAAGAUCACCACAGGAGACGAAGUCAUUGAGUUUUUCCAGAAAUACUUCCCUGACGCCAUUCCACUAAUAGGAGUUGAUGCUCUCAAGAGGGAUUAUUUCCGCUUGCCCGCGCAGGCCAUGGUGUCUGUCAAGUGCUCCCCGUAUCACAUUGGCAGCAAAUGCGUCCUCAUGGGCGACGCAGCCCACGCCGUGGUGCCUUUCUACGGGCAGGGGAUGAACGCCGGCUUUGAAGACUGCAUUGUCUUUGAUGAAAUAAUGGAGCAGUUCAAUGAGGAUUUCAGUGCUGUGCUACCUGAGUACACCAGAGUGAGAGUUCCAGACGACCAUGCAAUCGCAGACCUGGCCAUGUACAACUACAUCGAAAUGCGAGCGCACGUCAACUCCAAGUGGUUCCUCUUCAGGAAACACAUCGAUAACCUCCUGCACUUCCUCAUGCCAAAGACAAUAAUUCCUCUUUACACGAUGGUCACUUUCACCAGGACGAGAUACCAUGAAGCUGUGGCGCGCUGGCACUGGCAGGACAGAGUGAUAAACCGUGGCCUGCUGUUCAGUGCCACAGGAGCUCUCCUGGGAGGCUCCUUCCUGCUCAUUAAAAAUCCUCCUGAUAUCAACAAGCUCCUCGUCCCCGCGGAGAAAAUGUGGAGCAGGCUCGUGGCCCUCAGGACCUCCUGAGUCUCUGACAGACAAGUGUGAAGACUGGAGUGUAAAACGCUGGAAGGAGGUGGAGGAGCGAGGGGGGGGGGGUCUACAUUUUAAUUAGAGUUUGAGUCCUCUAAUUGACAGUGAAGGCUCCGCCAGGCAAAUGAAUAUUCUGCACUAAUGAUUGUUGUAACUUAAACCUGUCACAAUGAUUGAUCAUAUGAUUUUCUAACACUUCAUCAGUGUUUAUCUUUAGAUUGAAUUAUUUUCAGGCCAUCAUCACCGUCAUUUUAAAAUGAAAAUCUGAGUGUUAAACUCAGGGUCGAGGGCACACGUGUAUGAGUUUAAAUGUUAAUAAAUGUUCCCUCAGCUGAUA